AUGAUUUGCAGGAGCCAAUUGAUCAACAAUUUACGACAAAGUCCUUUCCCCAGCCUUCCGUUAGAGAAGAGGAAAAGAGAAACCCGCAAGAAUAGGGUCGGACCUAAGGGAACCUGCGGCUAUAAGGAUCUGGCGGAAGUCGGGGAGAAAGUCUUCUUAAAAGCUGACACCUCAUAUGUCCCGCAGGAUACUUACUUUAGGCCGUAA